CGUGGGGUGAAGCUUGUGUGUUACCUCUGCUCUGGGUCAGUGAUCCGGCUCUUGGGGGCCAUCAGCCACAGCAAGGCAGGGGACAGGCUGGAGGCUCUCGAGGACAUGAUGGAGAUUGGCUCAGGCUCACUCACCCCAAAGGCCAGGAGGAGGAGGAGGAGACCCAUGACUCGGAUCCCCCUGGGGUGCCAGUUCAAGUCCAUGGAUACUGAAGAUGGGGAGCUUCUUGAGCAAGGGGCAGAGGACCCAGGUCAGCUUCAGCCCCAGCAGGAGACGGUGCCUCUGGAUAUCAGAGUGAGGUCCACUGUGGUCCGUGCCAUGCAGGAAGCCCUGUGGAGUCGCAUCCGGGAGCUCCCUGACCUGCUCCUGACGGAGGAGGAGGUAGGAGCCAUUGCUGAGGGCAUUGAGGCAGCCCUCUUCCACCUGACCCAAGACACCAACAUCCGCUACAAGACCAAGUACCGCAGUCUGCUCUUCAACCUGCGGGAUCCCCGGAACUCAGACCUGUUUCUCAAAGUGGCUCACUGUGAUGUCAGCCCUCAUGACCUGGUGAGGAUGAGUUCAAUCCAACUGGCCCCUCAGGAGCUGUCCUGCUGGCGGGACCAGGAGGAGAGAAGGGGCCUGGAGAUCAUUGAGCGACAACAGAAUGAGCCUCAUAGACUUCCUGCCUCCAAACUGACUCACAAGGGUGAAGUGGAGAUCCCACGGGAUAUGGACCAGAUGCUGACCCUGGAGGACCUGGUGGAACCUAUGGUGCACAGAGAAUGCACCUCACAGGCCCUGCUGACCCUGCAAGAGGACACCACGGAGCAGCACCAGCACCACUCCCUAGACCCCAACUUCCUUAUUUGUAACGACUGGAACCCCCCAAGUGAACUGACAGUCUCUGAAGCCACCAUGAACAGUGAGGACAAAGUCAUCCAGAGAGGCUUAAGCCCAGCUUCUGUGUCUUCUCCAGAGAGGCUCAAAGCCAGGGAGAUACCUCCCAAGGAGCCGCAGGACAGGUGUGGAGCUGGGCUCCAGAUGUCUGCUGGGCCCACAAAUGCCCUGCCUAGCCCUCCACCUUGGGAGGGCACACUGGACGUGUUCUCUAUCAAGCGGUUUAAGGCCAAGGCCCAGCUGGUCUCAGGACACACCUGCCAGCUUGCUCAGGCUCUGCCCAAGGUCAUCCGCUCAGCAGGCUGUCUCCCUCCCAAUACUGUCUGGGACCUUCUGGCCAGCUUGUACCCAGCAGGAACCAAGGAGGUCUGCGUGGUCAGACUGUGUCCCCAUGGGGCUCGGGACAUCCAGAAUUACCGCCUGCUCUAUUCCUACCUCAACAACAAACAGAGUCACUGCUUGGCAGCUGUGCAGAGUGUGGGAGUGGUCCUGCUGCCCUUGCCAGCCUUCCAGCCACUGCCCAACAGACUGCGUCCUCUGGGAGGCCCAGGUCUGGAAGCCACUCACUCAAGCCUAUUGCUGGCUGUGCUGCUCCCUAAGGACCAGCUUCCAGCCAUAGCCAUGUCCAACCCUGUGUGGGGCAAGGUUCGCAAGACAGUCUCCUUCAACAGAAAAGUAGAGAUGAGACACUACCAGCCAGAGGACAGGAAGUCAGAGGUCACCCUGAGAAGCUCCCCUUCCCCAGAAGAGGCCCUGGAGCAGAACCAGGCCAAGGGCAGCCUGACUCCAAGGGGCAUCUGUGCUAGGCAGAGCCUCCCUCCAGGCAGGGGGAGGCAGGGACCUGGGUGGGGGCAGCAGCCCCCGGAAGUAGGCUGGGGCCAGCUUGGACAUCGUGAUUCAGCAGCACCAGUUGUCCCUGGCUUUGGCCGUGGACAGCACCCCCACAGGGCCUCAUGUCUCCACCAAGGUCUAUUCUAUCACCUCAAGGCCCUGGUGGCCAUGAGUCACCAGCUCCAAGCCUCACUGUGGUCUGCAGUCCCUGAAGUAUCUGCUCAACCUCCUGAAGUUCUAGAGCCCUCUGGCCCUGCCCCUCACCCCACUUUGGACUGUACAGAUGGAGCUGGCUCUGAGUGUCCCCUCCCUUGA